AUGGAGACUAGAGGAGUUCUCGCGCUCUGUUUCACCUGUCUCGGCUUGUUCAGCGGAGCGCGUGGCGAUAAACGCGACAUAUUCGCGAAAGUUGUGGAUUUGGUGUCUCCAGGACAGGAGUUCCUCACAGAAGAUGCGGUUCGCUCCGUUUUUGAACGGCUGGAGGCCCGUGUGCAGUGCUCCGGUGUGUCGUGUGGAAAGUGCCUCUCUGUGGAGAAUCUGCACCAGCUGUUGAGUAACACGACCAGCUCACAGGGGCUACAGAUGGAGGACUUCUUCAUGAUGGCCCCUGGGUGCUGCUUGUUCCUGAGCGAGCCCCAGCACACCUGUGGGGUCAUACAUGAGGGCCAGUGGGGUGUAGAGGCCGAGCAUUUCAUUGAAAUAAUUUUAGGCCACCAUGACGAUCAUGACAUCAACACUCCCACCAGCCAUCCUCCCCAUGGUGACAUCAGUGGCACAGAAUAUGAGGGAUUGGAGAAACUUUUCCAUGACAUGGAAAAAUACUAUCAGCCCGACACACAUGAGCCGUGUCUCUCUCUGAAUGACAUCCUUGAAGAGAGCAGCGACGAUCACGGAGACCACACGCAUGUCGAUCUGGAUGCCGUGUUUGGAAACAUCGUGUAUCACGCCUUGCGUGGAGACUGUAUGAGGGCGCGCGUCCUGCCUGAGCAAGAGUACUUCAUGGAUUACAUCUUCAACCUGUUUGGCUCCGAUCAUCUCACCCUUCAUGAUUUUGAAGAGCUUCUGAAGACCUUAAACCUGGGCGGAGAGGAACACGACCAUGACGAAGACCAUCUCGAUGCUGAAUCCCACCGCAGGAUGACCCGUAAAAAAAGUCAUCCAGAGGGUCACCGUAGCAAUAGCAGCUGGGAUGUGACGUGUUUCAGUGCUGAAGAUCUUCUAAGGAUCUACCGCAUGAACUCCACAGCGCUGACCCGAGAUCAGUUCACACAGCUCAGUCCUGCCCUGAUUCAACAGAUUCUCAAUGGAGGCUGUUCUCAGAUCAGUCCCAGUCCAGCGACACCUGACUCGCUCAGCGCCGCAGAGAGAUAUGGAUAUGCCACCCUCGCCAACCUUAUCAUCUGUCUAAUGGCCAUGUUUGGGAUUGUGGUGCUGUUGUUUUCCGCCUGUACUCAAGUGUUUGAGCUCUGCCUUCAGUUCUGCAUCAGUCUCGCUGUGGGGUCGCUGACCGGUGACGCGCUGUUGCAUCUCCUGCCUGCGGUCUUGGGUCUUCACAUUCAUGAUGACGGAAGCAAUAACAACCACUCUGAAGACAACUUACACUUUGUGUACAAACUCCUGGUACUCAUUGGAGGCAUCUAUUUCUUCUACGUGAUGGAAACCAUCUUCUCCAUCAUUACACGUGGAGAACAUCACCACCAUCACGAUGGAGAGGAGUCGGAUCUGCAUCACUGUGAUCACGGCAAAGUUCUGCAGAUGUUCCAGAGAGACAAACAGAACAAACACUCGAACUCACAAGCUGAUCUGGUGGACACUGAAAAAAACGAGAAGUCCUUUUUCAAACCUGCUGUCCUCAAAAGAGAACAGCGUUUGCUUCCCUAUAUGAUCACCAUUGGCGACAGCAUCCAUAACUUUGCGGACGGUCUGGCAGUCGGCGCUGCUUUCUCCGUGUCGUGGCGAUCGGGGCUGGCCACAUCACUGGCAGUACUCUGUCACGAGCUGCCACACGAGUUGGGUGAUUUUGCGAUCCUCUUACACUGCGGGGUGUCAGUGAAGAAUGCCCUGUUGUUGAAUUUGGGCAGCACUCUCACCUCCUUCAUUGGACUGUACAUCGCAUUGUCUGUCUCAACGGAGACCGUCGCCACAGAGUGGAUUUCGGCUGUGACUGCUGGUCUCUUCCUGUAUGUUGGUCUGGCAGACAUGCUUCCGUCCAUGGUUCAUGUAGACAGUGAAAGACCUUGGAUGAUGUUUCUUCUGCAGAAUCUGGGACUGUUGUGUGGCUGGGGCAUUCUGCUGUUGCUGUCCAUUUAUGAAGACCAGAUCGGGGUGUAAAAACGUAUUUGUGCCUUAUAUUUCUCUUCUUGGAUGUUAUUGGAACAUGCAAUAUAUGCAAUUUAGUUCUGCCCAUCUUAUGUGUGCUGCUUACAGCAACAUCUCAUCAAAGCUCUCUAAAACAACACAAGACGCUUUUGCACAUUUUCUGGAUUCACUAUUUUAGUCAUUAAUAAUAAUUAAUUAUUCAUUCAUGUAAAUCACAUUUAUUGUGCUGUUCAU